AUGGGGAUAAAAAAUGAUAAGAAUAUAUGUCAUGACAAAGAGGAUAUGAUUGAAUCUGUGAGAAACACUCCAACAGAGUUUCAGGAGUACCAUAUACAAAUGCAGGCAGCAAAGAGAAGUCAAGCACCUCCUCCUUCGCAAGGAAAAAGUACUUAUGUUUGUUUUAUCAGAGCUUUAACUGAUGAGGUGGUGACUGGUCAUGUUUGUUCAGGAAGGAAAGCAUGCUCAUACUCCCAAAUCUGAGAUGUUUUUAUUUGUGAGACGACUGGUCGUGUGCAUGUUUGUGAUGAUACUUGCAGGGAAGUUGUCCUGGAUCAAUCUAAUGGGCUUUUGGUCUGCACCAUCUCUGGUCACUGUUCUGAUAGAUGGCUCUCUCCCAAUGAGGAAUCAGAUUUAUUGGACAUAGCUGAAGAAGAUCGCAGACUUCUGAGUGUUGACCUGCUGGCCCGACUAUCGGCAAUAGACCCUGACAAUGGAGGCAAAGCGCUCCACAUUCUGGAUGGAGGCAUGCUUGAUGAGGAGGUAGUCACCUGCAAAGAGAAGGUGUGA